UAUUAAGAUGGGUAAAAUUUUCCUCGAACACAUUAACGGCCAAAAGUUGUACAAUUGUGCUGCCUGCGAGACCAAUCUCACCAACAAGCGCGAGCUCAUCAGUACCCGAUUUACUGGGGCGACUGGUCGGGCGUAUCUGUUCAAGCGUGUGGUCAACAUUACAUACUCCCAGGUGCAGGAUCGAAUUAUGCUUACCGGACGCCAUAUGGUGCGGGAUGUGAUGUGCAAGAACUGCAAGGCAAAACUUGGCUGGAUGUACGAAUUCGCGACCGAAGAAACACAAAAAUACAAGGAGGGUCGUGUCAUCCUCGAACACGCUCUAAUCACCGAAUCCGAAGGUUUCCCUGAUGCUUAAUGUAGGUUUCGCUGACGACUGACUUUUAUGAGCGAAUAUGCAAUAAAAACACUACAAUCUGCAUCAUAUGUAAGAUAACGCUACUAGGUUAACAUUAACCUAUAUGAAUCCAACGGUGAGGAUGACACCUUCACUGUGAUUCAUUUAUUCAAUCAAAUAAUAAAAGCUAAAUGCAUCACCAGGAU